AUGUCCACCCGAAGAUGGUACGAGUGGCGUAUGGCUCUUUCCUUCCACCCAGUCGCUGGUCUAGAACCCAGUGUGCCACUGGCACGUCACAUCCUAUUAGCAAAUCGACUUCGCAAGAGUCAGCUUCUUCAAAACGUAGAUCUCGUAGGUGCGGCCAGCGCGUUGCUAACUCCCCAAUUGGCAUUGGCAGGUCGGCGAUGGUGA